AUGUCUUGCAAAGAACUCCAAAACACUGCAAACGACUUUCCAAAUGUUGCUUAUGGUGAUCAUUGUACAAAUACCAACAAGUCGAUAAAAGAUAUUGCCGUGGAAGUACAUUCGGCCUUGUUCUCAAAGGAUAACGCUGAAAAAGAAAAUGUCAUCAGGUCAUAUUUUGAUGCGCAAGCUGUCUUUGAGGAUCCUACGGUCCACGUACAGGGUCGUAGAAACAUUGCCCUUCAGUUUACAUUACUGUCUUGCCUCUUCUCUUCGAUCACAGCCGUUUACCGCUCUGUAGCCGAAGCCUCAGCACCAGGCGCCCACAAUCAAAUUAUUAUUGAUUCCGACGUUACCUAUGGUCUUUGCUGGCAAAAUAUUGAAAUACGCACUAUCACGCGAUUCGAGUUUAAUGAACAACACAAGAUAGUUAGACGUGAGGACGUAUGGAGCAUAGCCGAUCUAAUACAACAGAUACCCAUUCUUGGAUGGAUGUAUGCCGAGAUUGGGAGGAAAACUACAGGAAUCGUGUCGAAUCAGCUGUGGUCGCUUGUACAAGAAAUAGGCAAGGCCUGGAAUGAGUGGGAAGUGUGA